AUGGAUAUUAGUUGCUAUGGUUGGGGUAAUCCACUGCUCUUCGGGACUUGUCCGGCUACUACUUUUAGAUGUUCACCCGGCAUUCAGGUGAUAGUGUUUCCGUUUCUUUUGAAAGGGCAUAGCAUUGUUGGAUUACCGACAGCGAAGUUCAGCGACUUGAAGAGAAAGACCAAGAGAGGGUCUUUGGGAGUUUACGAUGGACAAUGUGGUGUGCAACCUGAUGAUCGGUUUGAGAGGCUGUUUGAUGAAAGAAUGGGAGGGUGUAUCUUCGGGAGUAUCAAGGAUAUACGCCAGCAGAAACAAGAUGUUUGCGAGCUGUUGGAGAUGGUGUACGAAGAGGAUUCCUCUGGAACGGAGGGGGGAUGGGCAGAUGGCAAGGUAUGGAGAGAGGACUAUAAAGAUGGUUGA